UUGCCAUACCGCAUCAACACGUAGUGCAAAAAAGUAACAGUAAGAGGUGGAUAUUCUAACAAUCGGAACAAAUACCCUAAAAUUUUUGAAAGAUUCAUGAAAAUUGCAGUAUAUCAUAGUCUGUGUGGAAUUUCAUUCAAACUUCUCCCCUCACCCCCAUCGCUGGCGGCGACCCUGUCUCAACCUUCCUCUGAACCAAGUGGUAUGCCAUCGGAAAAUUAGUGACACUAGCUAUUACAGGAACAAAAUGUAUAAAGAAUAGACAAACAUUCUUCUUUAUAUAUAUAUAUAUAUAUAUAUAGAAGAUAAUUUAUUGUCAUAUGAACUUCAAAUGACAAUGAAAAUAAUGAAUAUCAUUUUUAUUUAUUUUCCAAAAAAAUUUAAAAAUAAUAAAGAAAGAAAAAAAAACUGCAUCUGUAGUUAUGCAAUGUAUUGAGAUAUCUAUGCAAUCAUAUAUUACUAAUUAUAUGAUACUAUAAUUCAAGCAAAAUAUAAACUUAGUAUUUUUUAACUUUUUUUGCCCGUUGAAGAAUGUAAAAAAAAUAGUUUGUCCAAAAAGAAACGGAUGACCAGUUACGCUGCUUAGAAACAGAAAUACACAAGCAGUUAUCAUUUAAAAGAAUAUAAUUGUUUCAUUCUUAAUUUAAUUAUUUACUCUUCUGAAAGAUUAUAGGAUUUGAUUAGAACGAGAAUUAUUCAAUAUUAUGAUAAAAUAAAACGAUAAGAAUAGAUAAAUUCUUUGUUCUUAUUCAAAAAACUGGAAAUUUGUUUAUUUAAUGAGUACUUUUAUGAAAAAAUCUUUGAUAGAGUAAUAAACUAUAUAUUUAUGAUUUUGUUUGUGUAGAUAUAUAUGAAGGUGAAAUAAAGCUUUGGGAUUCAGUUCGAUCACAAAAUUCUGAAUCAAAAUCAGAUAAAUCUAUUAUACAACAUAUUUUUUCAACAAAGUUUCUUUGUAAAACAUUAGAAGAAUUUAUUGGAAUUAACAAUAUGAUUGUUAAUGAUCCAACUGAAGAUUUUAAAAAUAUAAUUGAUGCAUUUGUUAAAAUAUCAAAAACAAGAUCAGAAAAUGAAACAAGUUUAGAAUUUGAUAAUCAUUUAAAAAAAUUUAAUUCACAAAUCACAUAUACGGGAAAUCAAAAGGGUGGUGAAUUUGAACAAAUAUUUCGUGAUAAACAACCAGAUUUUACAUGGUCAAUUACUACACAGUUUUAUGCAUGGAAUAUUGUAACAAUAAUUAAAAAAAAAAAGAAUGAUUUAACAACAAAUGAAAUAUCUCAAAUGUUAGAAUAUCUAAAAAUGAUUGUUCAAAUAUCUCCUGAACGAACAUAUGCAAUUGGAUAUUUAACUAAUUAUAAAGAUAUUAUUUUUGGUAAAGCAACAAUAAUAAAUAAUAAAUUUAAUUAUGAAAUAUUUAAAUCAAAAAAUGUGAUUAAAGAAUAUUGGAAAUUUCUUCAUUGCAAUCCAAUUUAUUUAGGACACGUUAAAUUUUCUAUUCCAGAAAAUUUUCAAAUUAAUUUAUUAUUAGGUAAAUAUUAA